GACAGCCUCGGCAAUGCCUACCACCUUUACUUUGGCUGCUGCGGCCGCCGCCAGUCUUGGAGCACAAUAUCCACACGCUACCACUGCGCCUCCAGUCGGAUCAACUAAGGUUCGAUCGGCUUUCGAAGUUCUUGGCGUCGGACCUCCAGCAAGGACAGCUGUGAACUUGGACCAAGGCGAGAGAUUCAUCCAGGCGAUCUCCGGUGAGAAGCGGCCUCUGCCUACCUGGAAUGGUCAACCUGCAACGAUGAGAAGCUGGCUCAAGCUGCUUGCGUACUGGGAAAUAGAGUCUACGGUUCCUCGAGAGAAGUGGGGACUUCGGCUGUACCAAUCAUUCCCAGAAGGUUCCAAGCCUCGACAAAUUGCAGAUCAGAUAGGGAUGCAAGAGCUGUUGAGCGCGGAUGGCUACAGCUUGGUUCUUAGCUCGAUCAUCGCCAAGUACAGGCCAUUCCUGGAGGUAGCAGGCCCUGCAGCAAUCGACCGAUUCCUCUACACCGGGGAGCGAGCCAAAGGAGAGUCGUUCGCCAACUAUAUCGCUGGCAAGGAGGUCGCAAGACAAGAAGUUGAAAGCCAUCUUCAAGAACGUCUGAAUGACAAGGUUGCCGGUCGAGUGUUGCUGAGACAGGCCGAUCUUACCGAGUUUCAGCGCGAGCUCCUUGCCUUAAGGGACCAUAGCCAGUUGCUGACCUUCGAUCAGGUUGCGGCCAUCCUUCGUCCUUUGGACAGACCUGAGCUCCUUGCGCAAGCAGCAGGGACAUCUUUGGGACAGGCGGCCACUCGCAGUUACCCAGUGAUGAACAGGGAUUCCAUGGAGGGCGAUUUCGAGGAGAACGAUGACCAGGAUGAGCCGAACGACGACGACAAUGACGAGUCUGCGGAAAGUGAGUCACAGACGUCCCAGGAUGAUGACGACCUCACCUUUGAAGACAAGGUCUACGACGAAGAGGGGGCGAUCUACAUCCAGGCCUACCACACCGCAUACUCUGAUGUUCGUCGUGACUUGCGAGAUCGGAAGAAGGAUCAGAAGGCAAAUGGCAACAAGGCAUCACCAAACCUUAUCAAGGGGAAGCCCGAGGACUUGGCGGCUCGCACCCGGUGCUACAACUGCCAGGAAUUGGGUCACUUUGCGCGGGACUGCCCGCUCAAAGGUGGCGGCAAGGGCAACUCCAAGUCCGACAACAAGAAGGUGAACUUCAUCGUCAGCAGAGGCUCUGGCACUGGUGGGAGUUCCGUGUUCAUGACAUUUCCGACUAAAGCAUUGUCAUGCGCAACCCCCAGUCCCGAGCACCUUCAGGUCUUUGCUGGCGUUCGAGUAAAAGGGUGCGAGGCCAUCGUUGACACAGCGGCAGAAGAUGCAGUCAUCGGGUCGCAAGCGUUGGAGCAGCUUCAGGAAGCUCUGAAGAAGCACUUCCUGCAGACUGUCCACGUGAAGUCGGAGAACCAGAUCCCAUGUGCGGGGAUCGGAGGCGAAGCAACCGCUUUGGGUUUGGUAGACGUUCCCACUUCCAUUGCUGGCCUCCAUGGAGUCUUACGUUUUACUGUGCUGCAGGAUAGUGCUUCCUUCCAGACCCCACCGCUGCUCCCAAUUUCCUACUUAGAGGCCGUCGGCGCCAUCCUGGACUUUGGCAGAGACUCCUACAGCACCUCCGACGGCUACUGCGCUCCGAUGAUUCGUCUGCCUUCUGGUCAUCGAGUCAUUGACAUUUUGCGCUUCGACCGCAGAAGCAUCGGCAUCUACAAGUGCUUCGACGUCGGCACGCGCGAGGACGUCAAAGUCGAGUUCCGCGGCUUCAUGGACAUGCGCUUCUUCGACUUCGGCGGCUUCGACUUCGGUGGCUUCAUUGGCAUGCGCCACUUCGACUUCUACGACUUCCACGCCGUCUCCUACGUCGGCUCCGGAAGAGCGAACAUCCCCGAAAGCUUUGAGACUAGCUACAAGGGCAUGAACGUCAUCGCCUCAGUAGGUCCCUUUUCUGGAGGCGAGUUGUGGCUGGCCAAAGACCUUCCAGACAUCGGCUGCCCUCGAGCCAAAAAGGUGGGCAACAAGAUUGUCAAGGGCACUGCAAUCGAUGUCAAGAAUCGCAUUUUUGAGUUCUCCCCAAAAGACAGGCGUGCUACUCUUCCUUGGAAGGGAUCCAAAAAGACCGUGACCUUCUAUACCAUAAGGGACUCAUUUCGUCUGUCAGCAGAUCAGUGGAAGAUGUUGAAGGAAGCUGGAUUUCAAGUGCAGAACAUGUCAAAGCCCACAUUCUUUCAGCUUCAGGAUGGAGACUGUGAAGAGGAAGAAGCAAGCUGUGUCCAUGAGCAACGUGUUCGGUGGCCGAUAGCUAAUAUGCUCAAGCAUCUAAGCAGUUGGAUCCAGAUGGUGGAGGAGGAGUAUCCAGAGCCGCAGCCCCAACGUCGGAUGGGCACUCAGCGAGCUUUGGCAACGUGGAAGAGGAUGGCGCAGACUAUCCUCCUCAUGCUGGCCACUGCGCGACAACAGAUGGUGGUCGAUCAGCUGGUCAAGAAGAACAACGAGCCGGAGCUGAAUCCGCCAUCGUCUUCAACGUCCUCGUUCAAGGGCCAGAAGAAGGCGAAGGAUGCGCCAGUCAACCAGGGUCUGGGCAAGCCACUGACCCGAUCCAAGGCUCACGCCAAGUUCAACAAGGAACCGUCAGAGUGCAACCGUCGCUCGGACGCUCUGCGGUGUCGAGCGAACAGCAAGGCAACCUGGUGGACAUGCACGGACUGCGGAUCGAGAUGGCAGCGCCCCGAGGAAGACCCGUCAUCUACGGCAACCACCUCAUUUCAAGUGGACGAGAAGGCGAAGAAGGUAAAGAAUGCGCAAGGCCAAGAGUUCCCGAAGUUUCUUCCAGCUCCCCGAGGCGUCACCGCCACCGACCACGUCCACGUCGACGGCACCACCGGCAAAGGAGAAGUCCCUUCCUCCAGCCAAGGCGGCGGCGACGCCCCCUGGUGGAGAACCCUCUUCGCCGACCGCAGCCUCUCGAGUAAGGAUGACCUCAUCCGGACUUCGUCCAGCACAGCGGUCAAAGACGCCGACGCGGAGACAUGGGAGAUCAACACCGACGACGAGACCGUCGACGCAGAGAUGCCGGCGGUGAAGGCCGAAGAGUAA